UUUUGAUAUAUAAUAUCAUGAGUAUGGAGGUGAGCCUGAGAAACAUGGGGUUCGAGCCAAACCUGCUCGAGACCCUGCACGACCUACUGGACUUCUCCGACGAGCAGAACCAGUCGAGCCACCAUGCGCCUUCGCGCCAGUACGUGCGCGAGACCAAGGCCAUGGCUGCCACGCCAGCCGACAUCAAGGAGACUCAAAACGCCUAUAUUUUUGUGGUGGACGUGCCCGGGCUGAGGCCGGAUAUGGUCAACGUUCAAGUUGAGGACGACAACGUGCUGGUGGUGAGCGGGGAGAGGAGGAGAGAAAAGGAGAGGGAUCAGGGGAUUAAGUAUUUGAGGAUGGAGAGGAGGCUUGGCAAGUACCUCAAGAAGUUUGUGCUGCCUGAAAAUGCUGAUAUUGAGAAGAUCUCUGCCGAGUGUCAGGACGGGGUGUUGAAUGUGACUGUGGCGAAGAAGCCGCCGCCUGAGCCUAAGAAGCCCAAGACUAUUCAGGUCCAAAUAAGCAGCGGCCAAGGCAGCGGUCAGGACAAACAAAUCGGCCAAGGCGGUGGUCAGGGCGGCGAAGGAGGACAUGGAGGUGAUCAAGGCGGCGGGCAGGGAGGCCAAGGUGGUGGACAAGGGGGCCAACAUGGCAGUCAAGGUGGACAAGGUGGGGGCCAAGACAGGUAAGGGCAAGGAGGGCAAGGCGGGCUGGGCUCUGAUGGGCGUGCAUGAAUUUUGUGGGGCAGUAACUGAAGAUGGUACAUGUUCCAUGUAUAUGUAAAUAAAGCUGCGUGCAUGCAUAUAUGGUUCUCUGUUUGGGGUUCCGUCAUGUGUAAUUAUCGUAUGCUUUGGUCGUGUCUCUUUUGUUUUGCUGCUUGUUUGAAUAAGAAGAGUGGAAGGUUGUAGUUAA